UGGGAUAACUGGUGAUGUAGAUCGAGUGCUGGCAAUUGGUGAUGCCAGGGGAAGGGAGAAGCGUAGCGCCACGCAUCGACUACUUCUCCCGCUUUGACUCCCCGCAUCGUCACAACAUGGACCACCAGGAGCUACCCCCUCCUUCUCUUCGAUCUUAUCGAACCCUAAUCUGAUCUUCUUCCCCCUAACCGAAGCCAAUCCCAAUUUUUUCUUUGUUUCCCACCCUUUCUACCCCAACUUAGCCUCUUGCCAUGCAACCCUGUUUCUCCUCCAACGCCCUCCAGAGAGAGGACCCUUUUUAUUCCCCCAGAAAUUUGGCUUCUUUUCCGUAUAGUAUCGUCCAAUUCACCAGCUAUGUCCGCUGAUACUCAUGUCCCUGCUUCCAGGGUUAUUCUCUGCAAUGCUGGGGCCGGUGCCGCUGCCGGAGUUAUUGCUGCCACGUUUGUAUGUCCAUUAGACGUCAUCAAAACCAGGUUUCAGGUUCAUGGGCUGCCACAGCUCGCUAAUGGAAGUAUUAAAGGCAGUCUAAUAGUUGGUAGCUUGGAACAAAUAUUUCACAAGGAGGGGUUUCGUGGCAUGUACCGCGGUCUGGCUCCAACUGUGCUGGCUCUACUCCCAAACUGGGCGGUUUAUUUUACCAUUUAUGAGCAGUUUAAGAGCCUUCUCUGUUCCAAUGAUGAACACCAUCAUCUCCCAAUUGGAGCUAAUAUGCUAGCUGCUUCUGGUGCUGGGGCUGCGACUACCAUUGCUACAAAUCCACUUUGGGUUGUCAAGACCAGACUUCAAACCCAGGGAAUGAGAUCUGCAGUUGUGCCCUAUAGGAGCACACUAUCUGCUCUGAGGAGAAUUGCUCACGAGGAGGGCAUUCGGGGGCUGUACAGCGGCCUUGUACCUGCUCUCGCUGGUAUUAGUCAUGUUGCCAUUCAGUUUCCAACAUACGAGAAAAUAAAAUGUUAUUUGGCAAACCAAGAUAACAAAGCCACAGACAAGCUUGGUGCUCGUGAUGUUGCAAUUGCGUCAUCAGUUUCAAAAAUUUUUGCAUCCACCUUAACAUAUCCGCAUGAGGUUAUACGAUCUAGAUUGCAAGAGCAAGGAUACCACUCGGAGAGGCGGUAUUCUGGUAUGGUUGACUGCAUUCAGAAGGUGUUUCAGCAAGAUGGCCUACCUGGAUUUUACCGUGGGUGUGCAACAAACCUGUUGAGGACAACCCCAGCUGCUGCAAUCACAUUCACCAGCUUUGAAAUGAUACACCGUUUUCUUGUUUCACUCUUCCCUUCUGAUCCACAAACUCAUACAUUGUGAUGAUGGAUCAUGGUCAGCUUGCGCGAUGAUAGUAUUGUUCUGAUACACAAAUUAGUCCAGCUGGCUAAUCAUUCUUUUAAUCUUUUAGAGAAGUGAGAUGAGAAGUCCUAUUCUUUUUGUAUUUUAGUUGUUUUCUGUUGUUCUCACAUAAUCUGAAUUAAAGUAGAGGCUUCUCCCUCUUCAAGGUGGUGCGAAAUCAUUGUCUUAGCAGCUGGACUGAAGGAUAAUUAUAUGAAGUGAUAAUGACGAUAAGGAUGAUGAGUGGUGCAAUUACGUGCUCGUCUUUACCAAGCAAGCAACAGUUUAAUAAUCUGUUCAUCUCGAAUAUUAGUUAUCACUCACUGCUUGGCAUACUGCAUUCUGUAGACACGCGGUUUGAUGAUCAGAACGAGUAUUUGUCUUGUCGGAGUCUGGUUUUACAUUCUAACGAAGCAAGGAGUUAGAAAUCUACCAUAUUGGCCUUCAUUCACUUCAAGAUGUUAAUGAUUUUUCUUUUGGGUCACUUUGUAAUUGGGAUCGAGUGGUUGAAUCUCAUUAGCAUUGAUGGGGCAUUUUUGUCUCUGAAAUAUUUUUCAAACAACACCUAGAAUCUUAAACUAUUUGGUGUAGUACUUUUAAUUAAAAUGUAGUAUUUUUCACCUACCUAUCCAAACCGUUUGAAAAUCUGAUUGGACUUCACUCUGAUCAGAAUUAAAAUGCUGAUUGGAUUUAACCAUUCUUCUUUGUCUUCUCUCUACUUCAUCUCUCUAUCGUGAUUCUUCGUCUUCCUCACCUUCUGCACCAUCAAUCUCUUCUCCAAGGUUCUUGUUGAAGUAUUUCAGCAUGCCCUUCCUUAAUAUAUCAUAAACCGGCAGCCUCUCGGUUGCAGCCGGCAUUAACUCGUAUUCAUCGCUUCCUCCCUACAGGAUUCCAGCUGGAACCUGUGAUCGAUGAAGACACAAACAAGAGGUCGAACAACACACGAUUUGGGUGAUGGCAUGCAUAUAAGAGAUAUCGAUGGGUCAAACGUCAUGAACACCAUCUAGACAAGUCGAACGACAGCGGACUGGUGGCAGAUGGGUAUGCAAGCUGGAGGGGAAGAGGGAACAUAUGCAAGGAAGAAAGGAAUGGACGAGUACGAACACGAACGGACGCUAGGAAGAAAGGAAUGAAUGGCAUGAACAUGAUCUGGACUUGUUUGUUUUUUCAAACCCCAACAUCGCUUUCUUUCUCUCUCUCUCAUUUUGGACCCUCUUCUUACCCCAUCAGAUUAUUGUGCCACAUAUGAAUUUGCCUCUUCUUUCUGGCAUUUUCACUAGCUUUUCUUUGGGUGUGGUGAUUCUUCGGUCUUGUAAAUGCCCUUGAAUGGUACGAUCGGGCUUAUUUGUUUCUUUAGCUCCUUGUUGCAUUUUCUUGUUGAAUGAAGUGUUCUGAUUAAUGGUGA